UUGGUAGCGACCGAGAGACACAUACCGCCGUCGGGAGUCGUUCUUAAGAACCCUUUUCCGCGGCCGGACUACUAUUUUCUGCAUGAACAUAUAACCAUUUUGAAAAAACUCGGACAUGGAGAAUUCGGUGAAGUGAAUUUGGGUAAACUAAGACUGAAAAAUGGUGAGGAAGUGGAUGUAAUCGGAGUCACUUUUCUUUCGAAACUAAUGCGCCGUUUCGACCAUCCAAAUAUUGUGAGGUUCUAUGGAGUUGCACCACAAGAGGAACCAAUAAUGAUUAUUCUUGAAUUAGCCAGUGGUGGAUCAUUGAAGAGUUACUGCAAGAAUCAUUCCGAUAUUCCACAGUCAAAGCUUUUGCAGUUCGCCACUGAUGGAGCCCGUGGAAUGUGUUAUCUAGCGGCUCGUCAGGUGAUUCAUCGUGAUAUCGCGGCCCGAAACUGUUUACUCGGACAUAGGGAUGAGCUGAAAAUCUCCGACUUUGGACUUUCAAUCGCAGAUAAGACGGAAAUGAAGCUCGAUAAACUGAAGAGUGUGCCAAUAAAGUGGCUGGCACCGGAGACGCUGCGGCAGGGGAUAUUUUCAGUGAAAACUGAUGUAUGGAGUUAUGGCGUAUUGUUGUGGGAGAUUUUCGUUCAAUGUGCAUCUGAUCCAUUUCCUGGCGAAACGAACGCCAAAGCAAAAGAACACAUUCUGAACGAUCCGGUUCCGAUGACUGCACCAGCCGGUAGUCCUAGAAUUGUGCAAGAAGUGAUGGAUGUGUGCUUCGUGAAGAAUCCCGAAGAGAGAGCGGAUUUUGUGAAAGUGCUGAAACUUCUUUCGCCGAAAGAAGACCCUCCUACGAUACCGUUAGCGCAUUUUCAGACAUACUGA